AUGUCAGCCAUCGACCCGACACGGCCACCCCCCCGGGUUCCUCCAGAGAUCUCGGACAACAUCCUACGAUGCCUCAAUCCAUCACCUUACAAGGACAGAAAGACACUCCUCCAUUGCAUGCUCGUCUCCCACAACUGGCUCCCCGCAAGCAGAUAUGUCCUCUGCUCCGACCCCUACAUUCCAUCGUUGGAGCAAGCCCAUCUAUUUCUCACCCGUGUCGUUCAGGUUGCCCCGCUUUCCACCGCUCCCCUCCGAAGACUUUCCAUCGAUGUACUGGAUACCAAGGGUCACUCUCCGUCUUUGGGAGCCGUGCUCGCUUCUUUGGCGAUCCACGCACCCAACCUUGAAGACCUCAAGCUCCACCACAUCACAUCCGAAACUUCCACAAUCCCGCCUCGGUCCUUACUAUCUAUCUCUAAUCUCACAAAACUCGUGAGACUAGAAUUAUGCCAGUGCACGUUCCGCUCAUUCUCAAUUCUUCGGCGUACACUUGCCGCGCUCCCUCAUCUGCGCGAUCUUGCCACACGUCGGGUUAAAUUCCCUAUAUCGCCCAACGACACCAUGGUCAAAUCGUAUACAAGCCCCAGGCCGGAUCUGCUCAGCGUCUCGCUCCUAAACACGAGCUCAAAAAGGGAGCGAGAUCACCUUGAUGUCCUGCUACACUUCCUCGCAAACACCUCAUCCUGUGCCUCACUCAAUGAGCUCACUGUCAAGAGGGGGUGGGCAUAUGGACCGACAUCAAGUCUGUUCAGAGCCUCCCUCGCACGUUUGCUGUUGGCGGUGGAUGUCUUCGAAUUCGAUGAUGAAUCCGAUCCCCGCGAAGCACUGUCCUUCCUGUCGAGUUUGCGGAACGUGAGAAAACUCAGCCUCCGGUUCUUCCAUGCUACAGCAGGAACUGUACUCGAGAUCGUGCACGGCUUGGUGCAAGGAAACAGCCCCAACCUCGUUGAUUUCACGCUCACUGUCCCCCUCGACGCUCUCACCCUUGCAACGGAGACGGACCUCAUCGAGCUCGCCAACCUCACCUCCCGCAGGCCUUUCUCCACUGUGAAGAAUGCGAGAAUUCGCCUGCACACGUACAAAUACUACGAUCUAGAUAUAUCUGGAGCGCAAGCAUUGGAAGUUAUGGCUAGGAUGUGGCCUCUCAUCAGUCAAGACGCACAAGUAGACUUGACUCUAUUCUACUCCAUCUUCAGUGGGGACGUCUGGGAGUGGAACCCUGAAGUCAAGCGAGGAACAUCGUUCUGGGAAGGAGGGAAGACGUGGGAUCGUGGAACCAAAACCUGGAAACAGUGCAAGUGA